AUGAACGCCGAGGACCAGUACUACGCCGCCAGCCAACUCUACAAGGAGGCGUGCGCCUUCCAGAGAGCGCCGCCCCAGGAUUUUAACAGCCAGACCCCGCCAGCCUGCCUGUACAUGGGCCGGCAGCCCCAGCAACAGCCUCCGCCGCCUCCGCAGCCCCCUUACCCCAACGUUUUGGGAGCCUUGGAACAAGGCAGCCCGCCAGACAUUUCCCCCUACGAGGUGCCCCCUAUCACGGAAGAUCCCGGCAUUUCCCACCUCCAACCCCACCCGCACCAGCACCACCACCAUCAACACCAUCAUCCGCAGCUCGCUCACGCGCACCAGGAAGCGCUCCCUUUUGGAGACGGGACGGACCCUGGGGGGCUCGAGGAGCCGAGGGCGCCGUUGCCCUUCCCUUGGAUGAAAUCCACCAAAUCGCACGCCUGGAAAGGACAGUGGGCUGGCACGGGCGGCUCCUAUCUGGUGGAGCCGGAGGAGAACAAGCGGACCAGGACGGCCUACACGAGGGCGCAGCUGCUGGAGCUGGAGAAAGAGUUCCUCUUCAACAAGUAUAUCUCCCGGCCCCGCCGGGUCGAGCUGGCGGUCAUGCUGAACUUGACCGAGCGGCACAUCAAGAUCUGGUUCCAGAACCGACGGAUGAAGUGGAAGAAGGAGGAGGACAAGAAGCGCGGCGCCGGGAGCGGCGGAGGCGGGAGCAGCCAGGAGCCGGAGCAAGACUGUGCGGUGUCGUCGGGCGACCUGGCCGGGAAGGAGGAGGUGGAAGAGGAGCCCCCGCAGGCUUAUAUCAAACACUGCCAUCAGAUUUUUGCCUGCUGUUAA